UCAUGCGAUCAGCUGUGUCCAAUCAUAGCUGAUCACUGAUCAUCAGAGCACUGAUGAUCAGUGUAGCCCCAGCAGUGCCACCUGUCAGUGCCCAUCAAUGCCAGCUGUCAGUGCUCAUCCAUGCCUCCUGCCAGUGCCCAUUUGUGCCAUAUCAAUGCCACAAUAUCAGUGCCCAUCUGAGCUGCCUUACAGUGCCACUUGUCAGUGCUGCCUAUCAGUGCAGCAUAUGAGUUCUGCCUUUCAAUGCCCAUCAGUG